AUUUAACAUCCGAAUCCCUGCCCCUUCGCCCUUCCCCUCCGGCCGCAGCCCCUUCCCUGCCGCUCCGGCCUCCUCCGUCGGGACCGCCGACGACGCGCCGCGCGGAAGCCUGCGGGUGAGCGUCCAGAUCCACCCGCCCCCUUCGGCAUUCCCCGCCGCUCCAGCCUCCUCCGCCGGGACCGCCGCCGACGCGCCACGGGGAAGGCCUGCGGGGAUAUUGGGUAAGCAGUUGUGAUCCUGUUCUCUUGCUCGGAUGCCGGGUUACUAUGACAUCGAUGACAUCCUCAUGGAGGAUGAGCCUAUUUCAGUUGUUUUCCAAGUAACUGCAAAUGGUGUUGGCCUGCUAGAUCCUGGUGCUGAAAGUAACUGUGUAGAGAAGGGCGCCAAGGUGGACCUCCCAUUUUGGCUUGCGCAUGGGCUGCUGUCUCUGGAACAAGCUGUGUCAAUAAACCCACCUCCAUGCUUCACACAGAAAACUUGGAAGGAGAUCCAAGCUGAUGCGGCCUGUGUGGAUUUGAGGGUUCGUUGCCCGUACUUUUAUGAGCUAGGAUGCAAGAUUGUUCCUUUGGUGAGUGACAAGAGCAUUGGCCUGUUCUUGCGAUAUGCAUUCACCAGUAGGUACAAAGAGGUUCUAAGUAAGUCCCACAGUUCUUCCAUGAUGACAGUGCCCAAGUUCGUUCCACGCCUUACAAAAGAAGAAACUCGGGUGUUUGAAUCUGCCAGAGAAUCGAUGACUGGUUUCAAGAAAUGGCGAGCAGGUGGGAUGAGACUGCAAAAGGCUUCCAUUCUUGGCCGGAAGAGGAAGACAAAGCUGCCUGAAUGAGUUUUAAGGUGAUGUGCGCUGCUUUGAUUUGCUAGCACCGUGAGCAAAGAGAAAAGUGAAUGGCAGAUUAAAUCUGGAUGUACUAUGAUCUGCUGUACAUUGUGCACUUGUGUACAGCAGCUCUGAUCAGUCCGUCCUUUGUAAGGAAAAUGAACACCGUCUUAAAUCAUGAUAUCCUGUUUGGAGCAGGUGUCAUGAUUUUCAGCAGGGUAUCUUGAAUGAGUUUGAA